AUGUCCAAAGUAACAAUCGAUCUAAAGAUGGUAACAAAUUUAGUUUUACUUUAUUUUCUUAGCUUUGGUGUAUGUCAAAAUAUCCAUUAUGGUCAAAACAAUAUUAGAAGUGAUCCAUUCAAUCAUUUUGACGAUAGUAAAGACCCAUCUCGCGACGAGGAAUCUUAUCAUGGCUCAAAGAAGCAAAUAUUCAAUAAAAUUAGUCGCAGACAAAGAGUAGCAUCAAUUUCUGAAGAUGUUAUUGCUUACUCGUUGGAUCAAUUAAGCUCAUGUCGUCAACCGCCGCUAAAGAUUCAAAACUUUUGCCGUGACAAUUCAUCAGUUCCGGCUUUUCUAUUAAGUAAAAAUGCUAGGAAAUUAGAUCAAUUUAUUGACAAUUACGUAGUUAUUGAAAAGCAACUGGGUUCAAACUCCAUCUGCAGCCGAUAUUUUAAGGAGAUUCUAUGCCAAUCGAAUCUGCCGAAAUGUUCCAGCGAUAGACAGAGUAUAAUGAUUGGUAAUAUAAAACAAUGUCGUCAAUUUUCUCAUCAAUGCCGCAAUAGCGGUAUACAGUUGAAUCGUUAUUGUAAUGUUAGCGUGAGCAAUUAUACUUUGGCGAGAUGUGUCAAACCGCCAUUUAAUUCAUUUGGUAUUGAUGAAUGUUCUGAUCUACCGGCUAAUAUGACUUUCCCUGAAUGGAUGAUACCGAAUCUGCUUCGUCAGUCGAAGAGUAUUGCGUCUCUAAAAUCAAUUCUAAAUACUGCUAGAGUGAGUAAGGACUGUUCAACGGGAAUCUUAUCAUUAGCUUGUCAUGAAAUUCCUUUCUGUAGUGCGGAUUCGACCAUGUUACUAAGUGCAAUUACCAAACAAGAGUGUCGGAAAGCUAAAGCUUGCUUACCAGAAGCAAUUAAAGUUAUCAUUGGAUCAAUCUUGGAUUGCGAAAUUUUUCCUGACUCUAGCGCAAAAACGAUAAAGUAUUAUAAAAAUGGUUGUUGA